CUUGUGACUGUGCACAAACGAAGGGCAUUUGAUUCAGAAGUGUUUUUUUCGUAUGAGUUUAACUUAAAACAGAAAUGGGUCCAGUUUUUGUAAAUUGCUUUACAUUUGUUUGGAUUCCAUAGAAACCCGAGGCACUUCCACUAAAGGGGUGUUAUGUCCAAGGACACAUUUCCAUUCUCCUCUACCUCACUGCGCUCUCUCAGACUGGAGCAGGAGCUCCAGGAUUGGGAGGAUGAACGGCGAGCUUUGGCUCAUAGGAGAGCCAUGAUCCGGCCUCCGCUGCCUCGGGCCCCCCGACUCCCUCCCAGGCAGCAGCGGAUCCAAGAGGUCAAAGCCCCUCCACCCCAGAUCCGCUGCAGAGACACCAGCAUCCACAACACCUUCAUGUGCGGAGACAUAAAGGGAGUCUACGCUGUGCUGAAAGACCCUGCAAUGGUCAACGCCCUGAUGGAGACGGUGCAUGAGGAGAUGGUUUGGGCUCCGGAAAUGGGCAUGUGGACGCUGAGCUCCAAGGUGAAACAAACAUCGGCCCUGCGCCUGGCUGCCAGCCGGGGUCACGCAGCGUGUGUGGAGGAGCUGCUGUUUCGUGAUGCUGAGGUGAACGCCAACCCUGGAGGCAACACGGCACUCCACGACGCCUGCAUAGGCGGCCAUCCUGUCUGCGUUCAGCUGCUGCUGACCCAUGGAGCAGAUCCUGAUGUGCUGGCAGCAGAUGGCAGUGCUCCUCUUCACCUCUGUACCUCUGCCCAGUCAUUCCACUGUGCCAAGCUGCUUUUAGAAGGAGGCGCAGACAUCAACGCGCGGAGCCGGGAGUCGAGGCUCACCGCUCUGCAUGUGGCUGCUCAGCGAGGCCUGGAGGAGCACGUCCAGCUCUUCCUCAGCCACGGCGCCGAUGUUUUAGCCACCAAUCGAGAGGGGGAGACCCCCCUGAAUGCAGCUUGCUCCGGAGCCGAGAGGCCGUCCGAAGCUGGGCGGUACCUCCGUGUGAUCCAGCAGCUGCUGGAUGCAGGAGCUAAUCCCCAAACUGCAGGCAGGAAGCAGCACACCCCGCUGCACAACGCCUGCGCAAACUGCUGCUGCAGGAUUGUGGACAUCCUCCUGCAGCAUGGAGCGAAGGCUGAUGUUGAGAACUGUGCGGGAUACACACCAAUGGACUGCCUGCUGCAGGUUGUGGAAGAUUACCCGACUCAGCAAUCUGAGGCUGUAGCGCGAUCCCUUCUGAACUACGGAGCAAAACCUGCUUCACCAAAGAUGCUGAAACAGCUGGCCUCGUAUCCUGAUGUUCUGGGCGUGAUGCUGAACUCGUACACAUCCAUCCCGCCCUGUGAUUGGUCAGACUCCCUGCCUCCUGACGCGCUUUCCCAGGAGCACCUGAUGUUUCUCCGCUCGCUGCGUCAGAGGAGCGCUCAGCCUCGGUCCCUGCAGCAUCUCUGCCGUUGUGCUGUGCGUCGGCAUUUAGGAGCCCGCUGUCACUCAGCUGUAUGUGAGCUGGACGUUCCUGGCUCUGUGAGGGAAUAUCUGCUGCUCUGUGACAACAAGACACUCCAGUAAAUAUUGAUGUUGUCAUAUCAUCUUAAAACUUAUUACUAUUGAUUCUAAAUCCAAAUUGUCACAUGAAGGCUGCUUGGUAGUGCCGUGGAUAACACUGACUCCUCAAAAUGUAAAUUAUUCUUUAGUUCUUACAAGAGAUGCUGCCUGAAAAGUUGGCGUCGGUCACUCAGCCCCACGUGUGUCAAAGUCAAGGCUGGUGGGCCAAAUCUGGCCCGCCAUAGCUUUUUAUGUGGCUCUCUAAAUUAGACUAAACACUAAAUGUGCUUACAUAUCAUGUUAUCAAUCAAAUCAAUGCAGUUUUUAUCCGUUUACUGCCAAAUUAUAUCAAUCAAUUCCUCCAGUUUCUUGGGAACUAUCGUGGUAAUUCAUGCAAAAUCAACUUAACUUGUUUGUGCUAAUUCACAAUUGGGAGUUUAUUGCAGAUUUUUAUCAGAAAUUGUCAAAAACUUUCUUACGUUUACUGGCCUCAGCCUUAACUGAUGUCAGAUUAUAGUCUGUGAUCUGUAUAAAAAGUCCCGUUUACCGUUAUAAAUAAGUACCAAUAUGCCAAAUAUUUCCAAAUUAGUACCACAAACACUUAGAUUUUUAUUACAAACAAAAAUCACAAAAAGUAUCAGGAAAUCCUGGAGGUUAAAUUAUGUUAUUUAAUUGUAAUAAUUUAUUGAUAUUUUAACAGUUUAUGAACAUAUUUUAUCAAUACACCGGGUUUAGAGCUGCCAGAAUAAAGCUGGGUUAAUACAAAUGCAUGCCACACUUUUCAGAUUUUUGCUGGAAAAGGCAAAAAGAAAGGAAAAUACAAACUUUUCCUUUCGCUGUAUUUUUAAGGACUAUUUUUCUUUGGUUUAUUGUAUUGAAAAUCAAAAAUUACAUUGAAGUUUGUGGUUGUAAAAGGACAAAAUAUGAAAAGAUUUAAGUGGUGUGCAUUUGCAAGAACUGCAGGAUAACUUCUGCAGGGUUCUCACUGCAUUUAUUAUCAGUUAUUUGUCUGGCAGCAUUACUUUUGUGCAAUAGGCCAUUUUGUUUUUCAUUGUUUGCUUUGCAGAUCCUCAUUUCCUACAUUGCAAGUUUUCUUUUAAAGAUUAUGUCAUAAUAAAGUACUCAGAUGUUAUGUGCUUUUUUUUUUUCAAAUGAAAAUAAAAUAUUAAGCACUGAU